GAGCGGGGCCGCGGCCGCCGCCGCCUCCCCGGGACCCCCGGCCGCAGCCCCCCGGCCUCAGCCGCCGCUAAAGCCCCGCAGGCAGCGGGCUGAGCCCCGCUGGGGACGGCCCGCACAACCCCUCCCUUCCCGUCCUCAGGCAGAGAGGCUCUUGCGUAACCGCGGCAGCCCAGCCCGGUCCCUCCUCCCCCGGCCGGCGUUGUGUAACGGGGCCCUGUGGGCCUCCGGGAGGAACGGGCGCCGGGCCCGCUGCGCCUGCAGCCCACGGGGAAGGAGGGACAGGAGCAGCACAGCUGGAUUUGGAUGGUGACGCUGUGACAAGCGCUGGUGCCUCCCCAGCAGAUCUCUGCCUGCAGAGAGAAAUGCUUAUCAGCGGGAGAGCCAUCAGCAGCACUUGUGUGGCCUCCUCUUUUUGGGGUGAGAUGGUGUAAAGACCUUGGAGCAUCAGGCAGAUAACCCUUGAGGGCUGGGAACAGCCAGCAUGUCCCAUCGCACCGUUCACCUUUUCCGGAAGGGCCUUCGGCUUCAUGACAACCCAACUCUCUUGGCUGCAGUGGAGUCCUCACAGAUCCUCUACCCUGUCUACAUCCUGGACAGAGAGUUUGUGACAUCAGUGAUGCACAUCGGGGCCCUGCGCUGGCAUUUCCUGCUCCAGUCCCUGCAGGAUCUCCAGAAAAGCUUGUGUCAGCUGGGCUCUUGCUUACUGGUUCUUCAAGGAGAGUAUGAGCCUGUCCUGAAAGCUCACAUCCAGAAGUGGAACAUCACACAAGUGACUCUGGAUGCAGAGAUGGAACCCUUUUACAAGGAGAUGGAGAGCAACAUCCGGCGCCUGGGGGAGGAGCUGGGCUUUGAGGUGCUUUCCCUGGUGGGCCACAGUCUGUACGACACCAAACGGAUUUUGGAGCUGAAUGGUGGAAGUCCCCCACUAACAUACAAGAAGUUCCUUCACAUCCUGUCUCUGCUCGGUGACCCCGAGGUGCCUGUUCGAAACCUCACAGCUGAAGACUUCCAAGAUAAAUGGUUCACAUGCUUCCCAGCAGCCCUCUGUUGUGCCAGGGCUCUGAGAGCUGCACUGGCCCCUGCUCUAGGUGUCUGCAACAGAGCUGAGCUCAGUUUUUCCAGGAGAUGUAGGCCCCCUGACCUGGGCCUGGCUGAGUGUUACAGGGUGCCUCUCCCUGUGGAUUUGAACAUCCCCCUGGAGAGUCUCUCUCCUUGGAAAGGAGGAGAGACUGAAGGGCUGCAGCGCCUGGAGCAACACUUGACUGACCAGGGCUGGGUGGCACAUUUUACUAAACCAAAAACAAUCCCAAAUUCCCUGCUUCCAAGCACCACGGGCCUGAGCCCCUAUUUCAGCGUGGGCUGUCUGUCAGUUCGCACCUUCUUCUACAGGCUGUCAAACAUUUAUGCUCAGGCCAAGCACCACUCUCUGCCCCCAGUGUCACUCCAAGGGCAGCUCCUGUGGAGGGAGUUCUUCUAUACAGUGGCCUCAGCAACACCCAACUUCACCAGGAUGGUGGGGAACCCCAUCUGCCUGCAGAUCCCUUGGUAUGAGGAUGCAGAGAAGCUCCACAAAUGGAAAACGGCACAGACGGGCUUCCCCUGGAUCGAUGCCAUCAUGACCCAGCUGCAGCAGGAGGGCUGGAUCCAUCACCUCGCCCGCCACGCCGUCGCCUGCUUCCUCACACGGGGGGACCUCUGGAUCAGCUGGGAGGAGGGCAUGAAGGUGUUUGAAGAGAUGCUUUUAGAUGCUGACUACAGCAUCAAUGCAGGGAACUGGAUGUGGCUGUCAGCCAGUGCCUUCUUCCACCAGUACACGAGGAUCUUCUGCCCCGUCCGCUUUGGGAAGCGCACGGACCCCGAGGGGAAGUACAUCCGGAAAUAUUUGCCUAUACUAAAGAACUUUCCUCCAAAGUACAUCUACGAGCCCUGGACAGCAUCUGAGGAGGAGCAGAAGCAAGCAGGGUGUAUCAUAGGUCAGGAUUACCCCUUCCCCAUGGUGAACCACAAGGAAGUCAGUGAUCACAACCUGCAGCUGAUGAAACAGGUCAGAGAGGAGCAGCAGAGAACAGCUCAGCUCACACGAGAGUGGGAGUUCCCAGGUGAGGCUGGAACACUCAGGCUCUGAGAGAACCUGAAGGAAGGAGACAUCUCCAGUCACAUAGACCAGAGAAUAUAUGGCACUUGUGCCCUUCAGAGUGAAAUCCCAGGCCCUGCGAUGAGCUCUUGGCCUCAGAGGGAACCUGCAGGAAGGAAAAGGAAGCAAAGCUUUUGCAUCUGAGUGUGUUCCACUGUGUGUAUGAACAGGAGCUCACCUCACAGCAGCUGAGAGGCCCCUUCACUCCUCCUGCCUCAGCUGCUGUGGUCACAAGGGAUUCCCUGUUCCCCAUCCUUUGCACAUUCAUGUGGCCAGGAGCUUGUGCCCUGCUUCCUCACAGGUGUCUCCAGUGGCUGCUGACAGUUCUCCCUCAAGCCCUGUGGCACAGAGCAGGAAAUGUUGUGAUUGCUCUUGGGAGCUGUGGGAAACCAAAGCCUGAGCAGCACAGUCCCCUGUUCUCAGCCUGCUCCUUGCUGCCUGUCAACAGCAGCAUUUCCCGUCCCGCCCCUGUGGCUCCUGUCCCGCCCCUGUGGCUCCCGUCCCGCCCCUGUGGCUCCCGUCCCGCCCCUGUGGCUCCCGUCCCGCCCCUGUGGCUCCCGUCCCGCCCCUGUGGCUCCCGUCCCGCCCCUGUGGCUCCCGUCCUGCCCCUGUGGCUCCCGUCCUGCCCCUGUGGCUCCCGUCCCGCCCCUGUGGCUCCUGUCCCGCCCCUGGAGGCCGUCCCAGCACUGGGGGCCGUCCCACUGAGUUCAGGGGCGGGUUUACAAGCUUUUAAUUCCUCUUCCCUUUGUGCUGUAGAUGAUACAGAUGAUCCCAUGGAAACAAAGGUCAAACGUGGCCACUCUGAGGACGUUUCCAAAGGCAAAGUGGCCAAAGUGAUGGAG